AUGCGCGCAUCGUAUCUCACGUCACGCUCGAUGGGGCUGUUACUGCUUUCCGCAACUUAUAUUGUGGCUAUUGUUCCCCCGGCUGGUAUUUCUAACACUACCCUCAUCUUGACAACCAAUACCACCUUCAACAACAAACUCCACUCCGCUACCGGAACUGGCCCAGUCAGAACCGCCGCUGGUGACUUAUGGACACUGGCUGUCGCCCGUGGCGCCAAGCUCCUCCAAGGCAUGAGUUCCAGCGACGCUCAAGCCGCGGCUCUCUACGGCCUAGGCACCACUGCUGAAAGUCCAUUCGACGGGGACCUCGUCGCCAAGCUACGUGAAUGGGGUUACAACGAUGCGACUGAGGAGCUCGCGAAGUCAGCAGACGAAGCAUGUGACUUUGACGACCCCUACAUGAAGACAGCCUUUGACGAACUAGCCAUCGGAACCAAGAGCAUGCGCCAGGGUGGUCCAAACCAUUGUUUCCAAAUCGAGCAUGCCAACGGUCCAGCCAUGAAGAAGGACGAAAAGGGCGAAAUGCCGGAAUUGGAGCAUCAACGGUACGAGGUCUGCGGCAAGGAAUAUCGUGCUACGGGCGCAGAAUUCAAUAUUGGCGCCAACUCACAGGCAGGCGCAAUAUACGGAAACCUUCUCUACUCUCCCGCAAGAAAUGCAAGAAAUCUAUGGUCUGAAGACCCCCCUGCCGAUACCUUGCCUGCGAUACGCAGUGUCUCGGAUAUGGCGUGGGCGGUCUGGAAUCGCGUUCAUACCAACCCGCGAGAGUUCCAGAACAUCAGGUACCUGUUCGUUAUGCAGAUCAUGAAUCCAGAGACGCGUCAACACGUUAAGCGUGCCCGGCGUACGCUGUCGCCACCGAAGGGGGAGGUGCCGGAGCCCUGGCCAGGAACCGAUUUCAGCAUGGAGACGGACGCUGGGAAAGCUCUGUUGGGAAGUCCUGUUGGGCGAUGGGCUGGCUACUUCCUUAUGCAGCAUAAGCGGCGGUUGGGAGGUAACAAGUCCAUCUCCAAGGUGAGAGUGUUCAAGGGGAUGGAAGACGAGAACUGGCCGUAUUUCCUGUUUUACGUUGCUGGUACCACGGCGUCUGCAGCAAAUGAGGAGGCAGGUAUGGGGGUGGCUGAUGUAUACAAUGAGACGCGAGUUAUGCGAAGAAGUGAGGACGGAAGAAAUGUCAUUCGGGAGCAUGUGUUGAGGAUGACACUGCCAAAGUCCGUAGACUGA